AUGAUAAAAAUUGCGAAGAGGCAAAUAUACUACUCGUGUGAAAAAAAAAAAUAUUACACAAACAGAUUAUAUAAAAAGGUGUGCAGCAACUGCACAAGUUUAAACAUAAAUAAUGUAAGCAGGUGUGUGUACUGUGAUAGCUUACUAAGCGACAAUGAUAUCAGAUUAAUAAAGAACACCAUUUUUACAGAUAUCAUAAAUGUUCGAAAGGAGUGGAAGCUUUUUGACAGAAAAGCUGUAAGAAGUAACAACUUUUCUGCACCGUUAUUGAAUAAUGUCGAAAUUGACGAUAAAUAUGUUCGACUUAAAAAGGGGCUGAUAAAUAAUUGUGAUAAAUUGUACGUCUACUACAACUGUUAUGAUUAUAUCAUAUUAAAUAAUCCUCAUAGCAAUUCCUGUCUUAAUCUUAUGGUUUUAUUUAAAGGCAUUAUGUAUGAUGUUAAGAAUUUAAAGAGGAAGAACAUAAACUGCUUGUUGCAUUUGUACAACUAUAUAUAUUUUGUCACUGAUAUAUUUCU